UGGUUAUUUUUUAAAGACUGAAAAAAAAAUGCCUUUUAAAGGGGGUUAAAAUAAUCUUUCUGUUUUAAGAAUUAAAAGCUGAAGGGUGCUUUAUCUCCAGGCAGGCAGAAAGGUUAAUCGUAUAGUGGGAAUGGAAAACAUUGAAUCAAGCUCUUUUGCUGCUUCUUCCUGCGUUGUAAAAAAUCUAAAACAACUGGGCUUGAAAGAUUUAAUGUUGAAAUGAAAGCAUCAUCCUAUGCUUUCCUGUAAGUUGUGUGAGAAGAGGGGUAGAAGAAUGCACGGUAUAAUUUACACAAUAUGCAAUGAAUAUACCUUUCAGAAGCUCAUGUGGGUUCUUAGCGUCCACUAUGGAGUUUUAUAUGUGGAAUCAUGAAGGUCUUUUAUUGAUACAGUACUACCAAAACUGUACCACUUGGACGAUGGCACUGAAUAUUAACAGAAGUGAAACUGGGGACCUCUUCCCAUCAAAAUAUCAUUGGGGCAUUAUAUUUAUGCAAGCCAAAAAAAGGGGGAGGCCGCAUAAAAAUUGGAUUCUCCCCAUAAAAAUUCCCCUGUUUUAAAGACACUGACCAAACAACUCGGCUGAACGGAAAUUUUAAAUCGGCAUGGAUAUUAAAUUCACAUCGAUUGAUUUUCCAAUUUCUUUCCCAUUCUUUAAGCUCCUUAGAAUACAUCACUGCAAUUGCUGGCACAAUGGAGAAUCCCCCCACCCAUUUAAAUAAUCAUUAACUGGCUCCUUUCCCCCCCCAAAAAAAGAAAACUAGGAGGGUUCCCCCCCAUGUGCGUGUGUCAUGGUUUUCUUCUUUUAAGAGUCUCAAACAAUUUUUUUAUUAAAAUAACCCCUUAAAUAUCAUUUUAUUAAAACUAGGGAGGUGAACAUAUAUAUUCUGUAUUUUUUAUUGUUUUCUGAACUGGAGCCGAUGGCCACUAACAAUUGGUACAUAAUAAUGGAACUGUGUGAGAGAUGCCAUAAUUUUGCUAUAAUGGGCUGUAACCUCGGUUCGACCCCAGUCCUGCCGCAGCCCCUGACCGCGAAGUGUGAAGAUCUAGCUUGUCUCCAGAGGGUGGCGCAAGAGGCCGACUGACAGUAGGGAGCUGGCGUCGGGAUCGCGCGUCGGGCGCGCGCCCCAACCCUCCAGCAUCCACCCAAUUCCCCCUUCUAGUGCACGAGUUUACCUCUAGAGGUCAUCAGGCAGGAUUUACGACUGGACAACAAAAGCACGUGAUGUGAAGCCGUACCCCAUAUUUGGGUGCCUACGUAGGAGGGAACCAAGUACAUGUCCCAGUCAUUUCCAUAAUUCAUCAUAAAUUGUGCAAGGGUGCUAUAGACGCACCAAAAAACGAAGCAAAGAGCCACAAAUCAAGCCCCCCGAUCAAAAAACAACAAACAACAACAAAUGAGCUCUUAUUUUGUAAACUCAUUUUGCGGUCGCUAUCCAAAUGGCCCGGACUACCCGUUACAUAAUUAUGGAGAUCCUAGCUCCGUGAGCGAACAAUUCAGGGAAUCCGCUGCCAUGCAUUCCGGCAGGUACGGCGGCGGCUACGGUUACAAUGGCAUGGACCUCAGCGUCGGCCGCUCCUCCGCUUCCAGCCACUUUGCCGCGGGCGGCCCCACGGAGCGGGCUCGCGGCAGUUACCCUGCCAACGCCACCUCCGGCACCCCGGAGGCCAGGUAUGCAAGUCGGGCGGCCGCUGCCACCGCCACCGCUCACUCGCCGCCGCCUGACCCGCUGCCCUGCGCAGCCGUGGCCACCACCUCGCCUGUCAGCGGCGACGCUCCUCACGGCGGCGGCGGCGGCGUGAAAAACUCCAGCGCCAACUCGACCAGCACUUCCUCGACUUCCAGCGGCGCCACCGGCAGCACCACCACCACCACCGGCAGCAGCAGCAGCAGCAGCAACAACACUGGCAACACCCACCUGGGCAGAGAGGGGCUGAGCGCCUCGCCUGGCACUGAAGAUGACCCUCCGGCCAGCGGCGAGCAAGUCAACUCCCAGCAGAACGGCCAAAGCACAGCCCCACAGCCUCCACAGCCCCAGAUCUACCCUUGGAUGAGAAAACUGCACAUAAGCCAUGACAACAUAGGGGGGCCCGAAGGGAAAAGGGCUCGGACUGCUUACACCCGCUACCAGACGCUGGAGCUGGAGAAAGAGUUUCACUUCAAUAGAUACCUGACCCGCAGGAGGAGGAUUGAAAUAGCACAUGCUCUUUGCCUUUCAGAGAGACAAAUCAAGAUCUGGUUCCAAAACAGGCGCAUGAAAUGGAAAAAGGAUAACAAGCUGAAGAGCAUGAGCAUGGCUGCUGCGGGAGGAGCAUUUCGCCCCUAGGAGAAACCCCCAGCCCUGCUCCUUCCUUCCUUCCUCCCCAGAAAAGCAGCAAAAAAACAAAAACAAAACGUCAUCAACCACAAAAUCAAACCAAGUACUGAGCAGUAUUAUAUGAGAUGACACUACGUGGCGUGUCAGUAGUUUCUUCUCUCUCUUUCUUUCUGUCUCUCUGUCUCUUUUACGCUGACUUGCUCUAACUUCCCUGGGAGGCGGAAGACGCUUCCUGUCCCAUCUUUUAAUCAUGAGCCUGUUUAAUUGAGCCUUCCUAGUGCGUAUUACAGUAGACCUGCUUCCCGUGCAUUUCUUUGUCUUGAAUGGCUUUGUCUUGAAGAAGAAGAAAAAAAAUGUAGAUGUUUUAACUUAUUUAUAUGAAGCGAGUGGCGUUACUUGAAGUAACUGUUAAAAAAAAGAGGGAGGGGGGCCUACACACACACCCGUACAUAACACACAAAAAGUAACAGAGAGACAAUUGUCUCUCUCCUUCCUUCUGUGCCUCCCUCUCUCACCCCCCACCCAGUCCUGUUUUAAUCCCCCAUGUUCUCUGUGUGUUGCACUCGCUGUGCUUAACUGUGCAUGUGUGUUCAAAAAUUGUCAAUGUCUGUAUAGCUCCAAGCUGUGGCCAAUAUUUCAAUCAAAAAAAAAAUACUACCUAUCUAAUUCCUGUGACAUUAAUGGCUGUUGUAGAGGUGAAAUGAUGAAAUACAAAACUGAAGGUGUCCUAAACGUGUAGUGAAUAGUGAAUCUGUGACAAAAACUGUGAUUCCAGGCAGUCUGUCCUUUGCUGUGCCUUUGUAUAUGACUCUUUGCACGAACUCUUAAAAGUGGCUUUUAUUAAGCGCAGCUUCAGUAACGUAUAAGGUUUUGGUUUCUCUUUUUGUUUGUUUGUUUGGAUGAACCAAGUUACAGAUAGAGUCAAAGUCUGCCUGUUAGAACAAAAAAUAAUACUGUGAUCGGCUUUUUAAAAAAAGUGUUUUUUUUAAAUAACUGACUGGAAAAAAAUAAACUUUCUAUUGUAAGGGUUUUUCACCCUGUCUUUCUACCCCCUCCCCUUUUCCUUUUGCGGGUGAUCUGGUCUGUAUCCUAAGGGAAGCUGUAUUGCCUUCUUCGUCUCUCUGGUUAGAGCAGAGUUGGAGAAGAAGCUAUCCUUCUCGCACUACUGCAGUCGCAAUUACCCCAUGUUCCUUUGAAUUACUCAGGUCUGCUUUGGCUAGAAAACUCCAUUAAAAGAUAUCUAGUCAGUUCCCUUUUGGGAGAAUUAAGGGGUGGGGAAUGAGAAAAUCCAACCUUUCUUUAACAACAUUAUCAUCUCUAUAAUCACCUUUACCUUUCUGUAUAAAAGGUAUUGCAACUAAAUAAACAGACCUGUGCAACAAGCUGGACACCAUCCAACGUGAAAACAAUAAACAAACCAAUAAAUAAACACACUAAGCUUCUCCUCCUACACUCCUAAAAGAUACUAUUGAGGAAAGUUUUCCUUAAAAAUAAAACAAUGUGUGUUUAUUUAUUUAUUUUGCCACAACAAUUUUUGCUAGAAAUGUAGCUGUUACUUACCUCACCUGGGCUUCUGUGCUUCUUAAGAGUAACUAAAGAUCUGCACAUUUACAGACGGGUUACAUUGAUGUCUUCCUUUAAAAGUUAUAAAACAGUAAACUUUAUAAGCCCCAGUUCCGGCUAUAUGACAUUUGGGUGCCAAAUGAAUAGGGUUUUGUCUAUGAAUUAGAUCGUAAAAUCAUCCAUAGC